UUCACUAACGGAUAAAUAACAUUGAUGUCCCAUCCGAGUUUUUGAAACACACAACUCCCUCCGACGACCGUUAUGGGCUGCUCACCCUCAAAGCUCGACGGUUUACCAGCCGUAGCUCUAUGCCGCGACCGCUGCAACUCACUAGAGGAGACGCUCCGCCGUAGCUACGCACUAGCCGACGCUCACUCCGCUUAUCUCCUCUCUCUAAACACAGUCGGUCCAGCUCUCCACAGAUUCUUCGACCAAGCCGUCGAGUCUCCGCCGGAGGCUGACUCCGAAGCCAACGAGUCUCGAGACACGUCUUCGCCGGAAUCAUCUUCCCCGACUCACUCCGUCGUGAGCACCAGCUCAGACUCCGAUCUGCCUCCAAAAUUCGAUUCCGACUGCGAGGAAGAUGGAAACAAAGGUAUGGAUUGUCAUCUCUUUAGAUGUCAUACCAAUCACGAACCGUUCCACUCCCGGAAUUACGAAUCCGGCAUUAACACGCCGCCGCCGCCGCCGCCGAGUACCAACGCUUGGGAUUUCAUCAACUUCUUCGAGAGCUAUGAGUUUCCGUACAACACGAAUCUUAAGGAGUUGAAGGAUAAAGAGACCACUCGCUGCAAUGAUGAAGAUAAGCCAAAGAAGAAAAAUGCUCCUAUUCGCAAAAACGAUGACAAGAUUAGAAGAGAGGAAGAGAAGUGUGUCCUAAAAAUCUUAGAGAAGAAGAAGAAACUUAAACCGGAGAAAACCAGAGAACCAAAGGAUCAAAAAGUUUCGUCGGAUUUCUCAGAAGUCACAAAGCAAUGGCAGGAGAUGUUCAAGAAAGCUUCAGAAGCAGGGAGUGAGGUUUCAAAGAUGCUCGACACUUCCAGGUUCAGAUAUUACCAGAAAACCUCAGUUUAUCAAGCUUCUUCAAACGUACUUUACGCAAAGAAGAUGGCUCCAGUGGAAGAUUUUGUAUCUAGUUUCAGUAAUCUUUCAUCUACUCUGACGAAACUUUUCAUGUGGGAGAAGAAACUGUACCAAGAAGUCAAGGCUGAGGAGAAACUCCGCACAUCUCACAUAAAGAGAUGCAAAAAACUGAGGAGACUGGAAGGGAAAAGUACAGAUCCAAGCAAAAUCGAAGCCAUUCGUUCUUCGAUUCAGUGUUUGUCUACAAGAAUAACAGUCUCUAUCCAAAUGAUAGACAACAUAUGCCUUAUGAUAAACAAGCUACGCGAUGAAGAACUCUGGUCCCAGAUUAAAGAAUUGAUCCGCAGGUUGUCUGAGAUGUGGAGCUCUAUGCUAGAAUGUCACAGUAGACAAUCCCGAGUAAUCGCAGAGGCUAAGAAGUUUGAUAAGAUGACAUUUAAGGGAAACCUAGACAUAUCUCAGCUUGAGCUUGCCAUGGAACUGAAACUGGAGCUGAGAAACUGGAAACAAAGCUUAUCUAACUGGAUAGAUGCUCAGGAUCAGUAUGUUAAGGCCUUAAACAGUUGGCUAAUGCGCUGUCUGAAGCAAGAGCCUCAAGAACCAACACCAGAUCUCUCAGAAGAGCCACCAUUGUUUGGAGCUGUUAACAGCUGGUCUCAGUCUCUUGGGAGAUCAGAUGGAGAAAAGGAAUUUACGGAAGCGGUUUACGCGCUCUUGAUGCAGAUAAGCCGUCUGGUGGAGAAACGGAGGAUGGAGUUGGAGGAGCAGAGGAAGGUUAAUGGAGGGGAUAAGGAUGUAGAGAGGAAACUUGUGACGUUAGAGAAGGAAGAGCAGACGAUGCAGAGGAAGAUGAAGACAGUACCAUCUGUUGAACUAAUGGGGAGUUUGAAUCCGAAGGCCAACAUGGAGGAGAUUUUCAAAUGUAUGGAGAAGUUAUCUACAAACUUGAAGCAGAGUUAUGAGGAGGUAGUCUUGAUGUGCACGUAAUGCUCUGUUUUGUUUUAGUUCUUAUAAAUUAUUCUAUCUAUUUUUUCUCUUGUUCUU